GUCAUUUUUCAGUCGCGUAGAGGUAUUCUGUGGUUCCUGGGACGCUAACUGGGUUUCUUUGUGUGUAUUUCCCCUGAAAAACAAGCCCGCAUGAGCCGUGUUUUGAGUCGCCGGUGUAUCCCCUGCCGAGCAGGCGCUGUUGGGUCACUCUGAGCGGGUAUGGGGUCACGAGCUCCAGCAGCGAGUGCAGCAGACAGCUGGCAGACGGAACGCCUGCACCUCCACUGCUGAUGCCCGUGUGUGCUGGGCUCAGACAUGCAGAUGCGGUCUGGCUGGCUUCUCCGUCUAGACUGAAGUCUCCUUGAACUAAAAAAAACAGAGAAGCAUGGACACACCAGAGAGGUGUGCCUGUCAUGCUCGGGGCUGAGGUAAAGAGCAGCUGAGGAGAAGAAGGAGAUGGGCUGCACUUCGGCCAAGCAGGUGUCUGCCGUGCCCAACGGUGAGGAGGAGCAGAAUAAAGCCUACAGCAACGGAGACCUCCUGUCUGAUGAGUACAAGAUGAAAGGAGUGGAGAAAGUCAAGUACAUCAGCGGAGAAGAGGCGGGAGAGGACGGCCAGGAAAGCACGGAAGUAAGUGCUCUCCUUGAUAAAGCUCCGCACGGAGAUGAAACAGGAUCAAAUGGAAAUGGAAAAAUUCUGAGCAUCCACUCCUCGGAAAGUCAGCAAGAAUUCUUCCGGAUGUUAGAUGAAAAAAUUGAAAAGGGCCGGGAUUACUGCUCAGAAGAGGAGGAUAUGACAUAACCCCGUUGUCACAAAUCCACACGUCCCAGUAUGAGAAACUGUCCAGCAUUAUGGAUAGACUGUGUCCCAGAGGACUCUUUGAUGUAUGUGCACGCCCGAGAAGGAAGGAGUAUUGAAACUAGCACUUUUUUCUUUUUGCCCUCCUGCCACUACCCACUCGUCUGACCAAGUUCCAGAAAGAUCAUGACAGAAAUCAGCGCCGUGGUUCUCCCAAGAGUGACAUGAGAUUUGAAGCCAUUACAGGGUAACGGAGGAUCUAACACUUUUCUUUCCUUGCUGGAAUUUCUCAGUAUAAAUAGCUGUCACCGAGACUUACUAUACACAUGUGAAAGACGCAGGCUGCUGUCAGUGUGAAUUUCCGGCAACAGGAACAACCACUGCUCUUGUGGACACUGACUCAAAUAGAAAAUAAUGCCCUUGCAUCGUUUAAUCCUUGAAAGCCUCUGCGACAAGUCAACGGGUUGGAAACUUCCUGCAUUCCAAGACGCAGUACAGACCUCUUUUCUACAGUAUGUUGGCCACUCCAGUGUUUGUCUGCUCAUAUUUGUUUCUGUUCUGAUGUAGAGUAUUUAUGUUGAAUAAGGCUCAGGGUUGAAGUGUUGUAAUCUUUGUCUCAUGUAGUUAAGUCUUUCCCCUCAUUAGAACACUGUUACACCAUUAAAAGACGCACACACACACACGCUGUCACACAUGGGUUACAGAUAGAGCCCUCUCUAGUGUCUGAUUCAUAUAAGCCUAAGAGGUGAACACCACAACUUCACACAAGUCUCAUUAUGUAUCUGAUUCACCGGUGUUAUGUUGUUGUGUUCGGUUUCUUUGUUUUGGGGUUUUUUUUUUGGUUUUCUAGGAAAAAUAAAAGUGAUUUAAGUAAUUUAUUCCCAUUGUUGUGUUGUUUUUAAAACAACCUGAUGGCAAUAGCCAUGAU